AUGGAGCUAAACCAGCGGCACAUCCCCUGGGAUGUUCUGGGGGCUGUGCCCCCCCUGACGCCCCUCUCUGUUGCCCAGGUGGAGGAUGGGGGCAAGGCUGCCCUGUCCCGCCGGCUGCAGCCGGGUGACGAGCUGGUGAACAUCAGCGGGACGCCUCUGUACGGGUCCCGCCAGGAGGCCCUGAUCCUCAUCAAGGGCUCCUACCGCACCCUGAAGAUGAUCGUUCGCAGGAGGAGUGUGCCCGUCCUCCGCCCCCAUUCCUGGCACGUGGCCAAGCUCGCCGAAAGCCGCCCCGACGCCCCCACCAUGCACUGCCCUGCUGAUGCCUUCAGCCUCUCAUGGCCCUCAGGGUGUGAUGUCAGUGAGCUGUCCCUGCAGUGGAACCCGCUGUCCCGGCACUGCAGCACCGACCGGAGCAGCUCCAUCGGGAGCAUGGAGAGCCUGGACCACCCUGGCCAGGCCUACUAUGAAGGAGACCCCUCACCCGUUGACCAGGGCAUGUACCACAGCAAGCGGGACUCGGCCUAUAGCUCCUUCUCUGCCAGCUCCAUCGCCUCCGACUGCGCCCUCUCCCUCCGCCCUGAAGAGGCCGUGUCCACUGACUCCAGUUUUCAAGGCGCCUACAAGGCCCCUGACGGGCGCUACCUGACCACAGGGGCUGAGCCAUCUGCCAGCCGGCACCCCGAGGCCUGGCGGGCGCCUGUGCCUCCCCAACCCCCUGUCAGGAGGGACAGCCUGCGGGCAGCCCCGGGCAGCAGAGGGGACAGGCACCGGGCGUCAGUGUCAGCGGACAUGCUGCAUGCCAAGGGCCGGUGGAUCUCCGACACCUUCCUCUGCCAGCGGGAUGGGGAGGCGGAGGCGGUGGGCGGGAGGACGCUGGCACCGUACCCCACAAAGGACCGUCUCUCUGCUGACCAGUAUUACAUGUUGAGCUCCCACCCGGACCAGUGCCCAGCUGAGCCGCUCCUGGGGGAGAGCAUGGAGUCUGAUGACCGGCUGUAUCUGGAUGGCAGCAUGCACCGAGUGCUGGAUGCCACGACAGCAGGUGACAACCCAUUGCUGUCCCCCCUCAAGGGCCACGUGCCACACCGGCACAGUGCUCCCGAGCAGCUGCUGGCCUCCCAGCUCCGCUCCCUCCAGGGGGGCCGGUCCUGGGGUCAUGCUGCUCGCCCCCCUGCUCCACCAGGCGCCUGGCCCCGUCCCGAGCCCCCCGGAUCACUUCGCAGGACUCCUGGGCCCGAUGUUGGCAACGCCGAGAUUUGCAGGGUGGCAGGGGCUGGGGAGAAGCGGCCAAAGGCAAAGAAGCCCUGGGAGAUGGAGGAGCAGCCCCAAAGGCUCAUCCGGAACCCAGAGCGGGGCUGUGCUGGUCCCUGUGGGGUGGGUGAGUGCUCCCCACCCCUGCCUGGUGGCCCCAGCCCAGCUGUGCCAGAGGCACUCAAGCCCAGUCCUGGGGCAGCGGAGGGGGUGAGCUGCCAGGGCAGCCGGCCCCAGCCCCGCCGCGUGGACUCAGAGGAACUGCUGUGGAAUGUGGCAGUCAGGGACCACUCCCUGGCCAAUGUCCAUGCCCCUUUGGCCCCCUUUGGUACCACCACUGAGGUGAUCGGUGAGCUGCUGGUGGCGGGGGAGCGACAGGCCUGGCGGGAGCGUCUCCAGCAGGACUGGCACCUGGAGGCCCUGGCACAGGACAGGCAAGGCUUUGAGCCCAUCUCGCCACCCCCUGGGAGUGUUGCCAGCUCCAGUUCCUUCCCGGUGCACUACACUGCAGCAGCAGGCAAAGCUGAGCCGCUCAGCAAGGUGACAGCACUGCCAGAGGUAGUGGAGGGGAGCUCAGAGGAUGAUGAUGAUGAGGAAGUGGACCAGGAGCUGGUAGAAAAGAAGCUGCAGCUGAUCGAGAGCCUGAGCCGCAAGCUGGCGGUGCUGCGGGAGGCACAGCGGGGGCUGCAGGAGGACAUCAGCGCCAACGGGGCGCUGGGCGACGACGUGUCUGCCCGCCUGCAAGCCCUCUGCACCCCAGGGGAGUUCGACAAGUACCGCCUCUUCGUGGGUGACCUGGACAAGGUGGUCAACCUCCUGCUCUCCCUCUCGGGGCGCCUGGCCCGGGUGGAGGCUGCCCUGGGCAGCCUGGGGCCACAUGCCCCCGCCGAGGACAAGCUGGCCCUGCGGGAGAAGCGGCGGCUGCUGGUGGCGCAGCUGGAGGAUGCCAAGGAGCUGAAGGAGCACGUGGGGCGGCGGGAGGAGGCGGUGGGUGCCAUGGUGGCGCGGUACCUGCCCGCCGAGCACCUCCAGGACUACCAGCACUUCGUCAAGAUGAAGUCAGCCCUCAUUGCUGAGCAGCGGGAGCUGGAGGAGAAGAUCAAGCUGGGCCAGGAGCAGCUCCGGUGCUUGCGCGAGAGCCUUGGCCAGGCCUCCAAGGGCUGCUAACCCCCUACCAGCCUCCCUCUGGGACCCUGGCUGUGGCCCCAGCUUGCUGCCAAAGCAGAUCCAGCCCCUCAUGGGCUCUCCC